AUGGAAGCUGAGCUCAAAGAAGCUUGCUCGAGAGUAAUUGACUCUGGUUGGUAUAUUAAUGGGAAAGAAGUCGAUAAUUUUGAAAAUAGCUUUGCACAAUACUGUGGAGUAAAGCAUUGUAUUGGUGUCGGCAACGGGUUUGAUGCUUUAAUGCUAACACUCAGAGCUUGGAAACUGAUGGGAAAGUUAAACGACGGCGAUGAAGUUAUCGUACCUGCGAAUACUUAUAUUGCGAGUGUACUUGCAAUUACAGAGAACAAUCUGAAACCUGUUCUUGUUGAGCCAGAUGAGACAAGUUUUAAUCUUGAUCUUCAAAAAGCGAGAGCUGCCAUAACUCGUAAUACGAAGGUUAUUCUUCCUGUUCAUCUUUAUGGACAGCUUGCAAAUAUGCCUAAGAUUAUGAAAAUUGCACAGGAGUUCAAUCUUCUUGUUCUUGAAGAUUCAGCUCAAGCACAUGGGGCGAGCAUUGAUGGAAGAAAAGCUGGUAGCUGGGGAACAGCUUCAGGAUUUAGUUUCUAUCCAGGAAAGAACUUGGGAGCACUUGGAGAUGCUGGAGCAAUUACCACCAAUGAUGGUGAGCUUGCAAAGAUUAUACUUUACCUCAGAAACUACGGUUCUUAUGAAAAAUAUAAAAAUAACUUCAAAGGUGUCAAUAGCCGUCUAGAUGAAAUUCAAGCAGCAAUGCUUUCGAUAAAGUUAAAAUAUUUGGAUGAACAAACCAAAGCUCGUCGACAUGUAGCCAAACGAUAUAUGACUGAGAGUGAAUUUAGUUAA